CGACAUGGAGAUUGGAAAUGGAAUGUUAUGUGAGAAGAGUUUUAUUACCUAUUCAACAAGUCGUUUCUUGAAAACGUCGCAGUUGUUAUUAUUAUUAAUUAAACAUGAGCUACAUUGAAGUAAUCAUUAGCUAAAAGCUAAGUAUUUAUUCCUAAUUAAACCCUCACAAUCUGCUUAUCUUUUCUUCUCAAUACCCAAGAAAUUAUUAUUUAUUUUCUACAUUUUCCUUUAUUUUAAGCUCUGCAUUCUCGUGAAAGUUUUGAUUUUUUCACCUAACCCCUCAAACUCAAAGUGUUUCUGAACAUUCCGUACAAAUUUAUCUCAACCCAGUUUCUUGAAAAUGGGGUCAUGUAGCUGGAGAAAGUUGGAGAGGGAGAAGAUCCCAGAUCUGAAACUCUUCACUGUUUGACUUGUUUGAACAAAAAUCACAGCUUUGUUCUUUCUACUGAUUUGGAGCUCUUUUGCCUGGGACUCAACUGGUUGUACAAGUAAAAGUACAGGCUGCACUGUUGGUGGUGGGCAGUUUUUAGUCUGAAACUUGGGAAUUGAUCUUGAAACAGGCUGUGUUUUCGUAAAAUUUGGUAAUUUUUUCCUGGGUGGAGAAAAAGAUGGAUGUGGAGGAACUUGAUCAAAGGAAGGCUGAGAAUUCGACCAGUAUUGUUGAUGAAUCACUUGCUCAGACGGUUGUUUUGGUUAAAACAGAUGAAGCAAUCUGUCAUAGCAUGGAAAAUAAUGACUUAGAAUUAUUGGAUGAGGAAUCUAAAGGAGUGGUGGAUGCAACUGGUGAGGUAUCUGAUCGAGUUGAGCAAGGAACUAACAAUGUGAUUUCAACUGAUCUAGCUGAGGUAUUGGAUCAGAUUGAACAAGGAAUUAAUGACAACUCAUCUGAUUCAGCUGUUCAGGUUGCAGUUGUUGAGACCAGAAUUGUGAUCAAUCCCUCUGAGGCUGCUGCCUUUGCCUUUGUCAGUGAAGAUAGUCUGGCCUUGGGGUUGAAUGCCAAGGUUGAUGAGUUGGGGUUUAGUAAAGUAUCAGUGGAAGAGUCAAAGAGGAAAAUGCCUGAGGCUGAGAAACGUUCUUGUGUGAUUGAUAUAAACUGUGCAAGUGCCAAGAGUUGUGAAAAUUUGGAUGGUGAUAGUGUUUGUAGAAUCUGUCAUUUGACUUCUAAUCCAUCUCCAGAUAGAAGAACAGCAACUACUUCAACAACAGAUUUGAUUCAUCUUGGUUGCGAGUGUAAGGAAGACCUAGGCAUUGCACAUUAUCAAUGUGCUGAAGCUUGGUUUAAAAUAAAAGGCAACAGAAUGUGCGAAAUUUGUGGCGAGACUGCUAAGAAUGUUACUGGUGUUGGGGAUGUCGAGUUUAUCGACGACUGGAAUGAAAGAAGAUUAUAUAUGCAUAACGGUGCUGAUCCAUCGGAUAGGAGUGGAAGAUGUUGGCGGGGACAACCCUUCUGUAACUUCUUGAUGGCGUGCCUGGUAAUAGCUUUUGUUCUCCCAUGGUUCUUUCGGGUAAAUAUGUUCUAGUAAUUGGAUUGAGCAAACAAACAAAAAAGGUUUAUUUCCACCAUCAUGAUCA